ACCAAAAUCUUAAUUCCCAUCCAUUUCUAAUUUCCAUAAAAUUAAAUCACAAUGGCUCAAUGCAAAUAUUUGUCAUCAACAACUUUCACAUUUCUAAUUUUGAUUUCUCAUUUUUCCUUUAUUAUAGCAAAAACAGCUUCUUUUCCAGAGGAAGACAAGAAGAUUUACAUUGUUUUUACUGAGAAUUCUGAUUAUGAAAAUAUCUUAGCCACAGUAAUGGGAAGUGAGGAGGCAGCGAAAGAGGCAAUUAUAUAUAAUUAUAAAAACGAAUUAAAUGGAUUUGCAGCUUCAUUGACUCCUGAACAGGCUUCUCGUUUGAAAGAGCAACAAGGUGUAUUAAAUAUUAUCCCAGAUCGCUCACUCAGCCUGGACAGGGGAUUUGAAGGUCAAACCUAGAAUUAACUGGGAGAUGUAAUCGUCAAAUAAAGCUCUUUAAUUCUUGUGAUCUUUUAUCCUCUGGCAAAAUAAUGGAAAUUAGAAAGUAGUGUGCAAAAACUGUUAGAGAUCAACAUUAUAGUUAUAAUAAUAUAAUAAUAAAAGUU